UGUGUUUCUAAAGGUGUUUGUGGAGAUGUGGCUCUAUCACUAUUCUCUGGAGAUGUACCAGAAGCUGCAGUCUCCUCAGGUGAAGCUGGCGUUGUUGCAGUACCGCCUCAGUAUGUCCAGCAUGCUGUGCCAACCCCCCGCCCCAUCAGGCUCUGGGACCCUCCACACAUACCAAGAGCCCUUCACGCCUUCGGAGGAGCACGUCCUUGUUGUGCGUCUUCUGGUCAAGCAUCUGCACGCCUUUUCCAGCAGUCUGAAGCAGGAGUCAAUCUUCUCCUCACCCUCUGCCCACUCCCACAGCAGUCCUCUGGAAGAGCUCAAGCGUGUGGUGGUACAGAGGUUUGUUCAGCAAAAGCUGUAUGUCUUCCUACAACACUGUUUUGGUCACUGGCCUUUGGACGCCUCAUUCAGAGCGGUACUAGAGACAUGGCUUAGUUACAUCCAGCCCUGGAGAUACACUGGAGAAAAAAACAACACACAAGCAGACGGACAAAACAGAACUGUUCUCGAUAAAUGGGCCUCAUUUGUGCAGGAGAAUUUGCUUGUGUACACAAAGCUUUUCCAGGGCUUCUUGAAUCGAGCCAUGCGCACAGACUUGGUCAAUGCCAAAAACGCCCUGAUGGUCUUUAGGGUCGCCAAAGUCUUUGUUCAACCAAACCUGUCAGAGAUGAUCCAGAAGGCUGAGCAAUUGUUCUUGGAGCCAGAGCAUGCCAUCCUGCAACGACAGAACCGUGUUUUCCUGACACCUUCACAUGGUGGCAGCUUCCUUUCUUCCCGCCAGCCAAUGGGGACAGACAGCGUCUUCAAAGUCAAAAGUCAUGUUUACAGCCUGGAAGGGCAGGAAUGCCAGUACAACCUGAUGUUUGGUCCUGAUCUACGGAAGAAUGUGCUAAAGCUCAUCCAGAUUAUCGCCCAAGCCCGACAGACGGCUAAACGGAUAUCGGAUCAUUCCACGGAAAUGGCUGCAAACAACUCUUUUCUCUCAUGGUUUAGCGUUGGUUCCUCGGAUCAUAACAACACUUUUAACGGAGGAGAGAUGGAUGAUAUGGGAGAGGGUGUGAAGAAAACCCAUGAGUUCCUGGACAAAGCACUGGACUACCUCUGUCAGAUAUUCCGG